GGCUGUGGGGCUGCCGCCCCUGUGGCCCCUCGCUGCCCGGACACCAGAUCUGGCGGCUGGAACGAGCCCGAGCCACCUCUCAGCUGGCAAGCACAAGGGCAUACUUGGAUUCCCAGGUUGGAAGAUUAUCUCAUUCAGGACAGCUCUCCCAAAGAUAUAUAAGUGCAGUGAGCGUGGUGGUCCCUGAGAGCCCCGGCCCUGGGAGGUUUCAGCACACAGGAGCACAGCCUCGGAUCACAGCAAACAUGACGACGAUGAUGAUGAAGCUAGAAGAGCUGGUGACUGGGAAGAAGGUGGAUGAUAAAGAGACUGGCAGCUUCCUCCCUGAGGACUUCAAGAAUGGAGAGUAUGAAGCUGCUGUAAGGUUAGAGAAGCAGGAGGACCUAAAGACAGUCCCUGAGCACUCCUUGGCCCGAGGUGAUUUGGAUUAUGAGAAGGAGAAUAAACUAGAAGCAGAGCUGAAGAAGAAGAAAUUACAGGCCAGGUCAAAACUUGAAAAUUUGGAGGAUCUUGAAAAAAUUAUUGAGCUGAAGAAGAAGAAAAGAUGCAAGAAAGUGAAAGUGCCUGUUUUAAAGAAGCCUGAACCAGAAGUUAUUACAGGACCUGUGGAUAUUCCCACAUUCUUCAAAGCUGCACUGGAGAAUAAGUUGCCAGUAAUUGAAAAAUACCUGUCAGACAAAGGAGAUCCAAAUGUCUGUGAUAAGUUCAAACGCACUGCGCUGCACAGGGCGUGCUCUGAAGGACAUCUAGAGGUGGUGAAGAAGCUGGUGGAAGCUGGAGCCCAGCUUGAACAGAAAGACAUGCUUCAUUCUACAGCUCUGCACUGGGCAUGCCGGGGUGGAAACCUGGACGUUCUGAAAUUCUUACUGGACAAAGGGAUAAACAUAAAUGCAAGAGACAAGCUGCUCAGCACGCCCCUGCACGUGGCUGUUCGCACAGGUCGCUACGACUGCGGGGAGCACCUCAUCGCCUGCGAGGCCGAUCUCAACGCCAGGGACCGGGAAGGGGACACGCCAAUGCACGACGCCGUGAGGCUGAACCGCUACAAAAUCAUCCGGCUUCUGAUCCUGCACGGAGCAGAUCUGACUCUAAAGAACUGCGAAGGGAAAACUCCUAUGGAUCUUGUCCUUCAGUGGCAGAAUGGCACCAAAGAGAUAUUCAACAGCCUGAAAGACAAUUCCAAAAAGAAUGCCCGUCUAGGUAAAUUCUGAGGAGAGAAACCAGACCACACCCUUUUGCUGCUUUGAAAUGCUACCCACAAACCUGGAUGAAAAUGUCCUUGAACAUCUAUUGAAAAUAUUUAUGGCACUGGAUUAUUUGAGGUGCCUUCACUGAAACUGCAAAAAAACCUGCAAAGAAAUUAUUUUAAAAGACAGGUUGAGUGUUAAAAUUCCACUAGUUCUAAAAUGGCUUUAUUUAUUUCUAUUUAUUAUUUAUUUAUUUUAAAGUAAUUUUUAAUUAUGUUAUUUAAGCUUUUUUUUAUAGGUGCAGUUGGUCUAAAUGCAGUUGUUGCCAGCAACAUAAAUCCUUUGGUCUUAAAUAGCAGAAUUUUCAACUGUAGUAGCAAGUUUUCUCAAGCCUUCCAAUAGCUCUAAAUAGCAAAUACUUGCAGCUGUUGCCUUGUCUCACUGCUAAAAUAACCUGUGAAUGGAGUGGUGGUAUGUGGAAGAGCACUGGAAGGAGGUGUACUGAGGUGCCAAGAGGAUUUAAUGAAGCAGUUGAGUAAUGGUGUUUACACAGGGUUUGGCAAUCAUGGUUGAUAACGAGCUCGAGGACAGAGCUCCAACCACCAUGUACCCGUUUGGACUGAAGGAUUCAGAUUUAAUGUUGUGAAGGUCAGAGGAGACUGUAUCAGGGAAGUGAAUUUUUUAAAAGCUAGACUACUACAAAGUAUGAUGAUAGGAGAAUGCAAAAUCAGAUUAUGUAUAUUUGUAAAUUUGUACUGCUUUUUCUGUACAUUUUGAACUGAUCCAUUUCAGAAUAAAUUAACUGAGUGGUUCUUUUUAUUUGCUGGAGUGGUGAGCAUGCAUGGGGUAAUUUUGUCUCUCUUUAAAGAAAGUUCACAUCAUGUCUGCUGCAAAAUUCCUAAAAAUCUUAAGUCUCAGCUGCCAAGAGCAGCCAUCCCUUACACUCCCUCCUUGCCACUCUUAGAUAAACCCCAUCUCACUUAUUUUGUUAAGUGGAGGCACAUGUGAAAGCAGAAAGACAGCAUUUCAACUAGCUAGUAAAACAAAGUUACAGUUCCAUUACUGAGUUUGAUUUAAAAAAUAUCAUCUCUUUCUUAGUCACUAUGUGGAGCAUGAGACAGCUCCAGUUAUUCAAGCCAAGAGAGAUGCCAAGUCCUGUUAGGAAAGGCAGGCACUUCUCCCUUUGCUUUAGCAGAAGCAGGACAACCUUCAGGGCUGCCAGCCAGGGCAAGAUGUCCCAUGGGCUGGAAGAGACCUUUAAAGCUCAUCUAUUCCAACCCUUCUGCAAUGAGCAGGGACCUUUUCAACACCAUCAGGUUGCUCAGGGCCCUGUCCCACCUGGCCUUGAAUGUUUCCAGGGAUAGGACAUUUACCACCUCUCGGCAACCUGUGCUGGUGUUUCACCACCCUCAUUGUAAAAGACUUCUUUCUUGUGUUCUAACUAAAUCCAUCCUUUUUUAGUUUAAACCCAUUAUCUUUUGUCCUAUCAUAACAGGCUCUGAUGAAUAUUCUGGAGUAAUCUUUCUUGUAAGUCCCUUUAACCACUGAAAGGCCCCAGUAAGGUGGUGCUGGAGCCUUCCAUUCUCCAGGCUGAACAACCCCAGCUCUCUCAGCACUUCCACACGGAAGUGCUCCAUCCUUCUUUCCAGCUUUGUGGCCCUCUCUGGACACACUCCAACAGCUCCAUGUUCUUCCUGUGCUGAGGACACAGCAUUCCAGGUGGGAGAGAGCAGAGCAGAGGGGUAUAAGAUGCUGCAUUCAGUUAAAUGCCUGAUUAUCCACUGGGUGGCCUGACAGACAAAUAUGCCAGAGGCUCUCACACUCCUCCACCAACCCAUGUCAGCUGGCUUUAUAGUCUGGCCAAAGCCAUGUCCUGGGCACUAUCCUGAGGUGGAGUCAGAAGUGGGCAGCAAGGUAUAGGAUUUCCUGGAAUGCCAAUUUUGGAGUGAAUUUGCACAAAACCCAGAGGAACAAGCAGAAGAACCACCUAUUCUCUCUGCAGGCAGCUCUUCUAGACUGAGGCCAACAGCUUCAGACAGAUGAGACUCUUCUCACACAAGCACAGUAACUCAAGAGUGCCACCCUGGCAGCCACAGGCCUGAUGUGUGUUCACAUCCUUCUCCACAGAAAUCACAGCUCACCUCCACCUGCUGCCCUCUGCUGCAAGCCACAACCUCCCUGCUUGUUUCUGCUCAAUUACCUGCACACUGGCAGCAAGCCUGGCAAGAAACAGAA